CCAUCCCCAAACCCCAGCCGCCGCCGCUGUCACCUCUCACCGUUUCGCCGCUAGCAUCCAGUGACGGCGCUCCCUCUUCCCUCUUCUUCGAUCUCCCAUCUUCUUUGAACACAGCCGCCGCCUGCCUCCAGCCCAGGAGUGAACGAGAGGUCAGGCAAGGAAGCAUACCGAAGAAGGACCCCGAAUCCUCCAUGGACAUCGAUGAUGCGCCCGCGCAACCGCGAAACAAGCUUCCGGACCACCUUGAGCUCCAGCGCACCCGUGUUGUCUGCAAGGCCGAUGCCCCCACUCAUACUGAAGGAUUUCAAUACUCGGGUGCUUUUGCUGCUAUGGGAGUUGAUAAUAGUGUAUCAGUGGAGAAGUUCUGCAGUGACUUCAAAAUCAAGAUUAAUCGACUUACAGAGGAUGAUAUGGAGUUUGAUAUGAUUGGUGUUGAUGCAUCCAUAGCUAAUGCUUUCCGCAGAAUCCUCAUUGCAGAGGUUCCUACAAUGGCUAUUGAGAAAGUCUUGAUGGUUGACAACACCUCAGUUAUAGCAGAUGAGGUCCUUUCGCAUCGACUAGGCCUUAUUCCACUUGAUGCAGAUCCAAGGCUUUUUGACUAUAUCUCCAAUGAUACGCCAAGUGAGAGGAAUACUAUUGUAUACAAACUGCAUGUUUCAUGUGCAAAGGGUUCCCAACGUCUCACAGUGAAGUCUGGUCAAUUGGAGUGGUUGCCAGAAGGUAGCCAGUUGACUAUUGCAUCUCCUGCGCAGCCUGGGGAAAAACCGAAGACCUAUACAUCCUUUGGUCAAAGCCAAAAGAAGAUGUCUGAAAGGCCUCUCGGUGUGAAGUAUGAAGAUAUAACGAUUGCAAGGCUUGGACCAGGACAGGCUAUUGAGCUUGAGGCACAUGCUGUUAAGGGAGUGGGGAAAGUUCAUGCGAAGUGGUCUCCAGUUGCUACAGCCUGGUACAGGAUGCUCCCUGAGGUUGUUCUUCUCAAAGAAUUUACAGAUGGCGAUGCUGAGCAGCUAGUGAAAAAAUGCCCAGUUAAUGUUUUUGACAUUGAAGAACUAGGAAAUGGUAAGAAGAGAGCAGUUGUUGCAAAGCCAAGAGCCUGCACCCUUUGUAGGGAAUGCAUUAAAGUCGCUGCUGAUAAAGUAAAAGUGACCAAAGCCAAAGUAGAUGGUAAAGACAAAGCAGAUGGCAAAGUAGAUGAAGGGAAAGCAGAAGUGGACGAUGUUGAGGUAGAACCUCAAAUAGAGCUACGUCGUGUUAGAGACCACUUCAUUUUUACAAUUGAGUCCACGGGAGCUCUUCCCCCAGAAGUGCUCUUCAAAGAAGCGGUGAAGAUCCUCGAGGAGAAGUGUGAGCGAGUGAUAUCUGAGCUUUCCUGAUUCUGAUACAAAGUUUUGAGUACUCCAUUCUGCUGUGCGCGGACGCUUUAUCUUGGAUUAUGGUUAUUGUAUAACUCUGGAGCCACAUUCAGCAAUCAUCUAACUAGAAUAGAAGUAAAAUAGCAAGUUAAUUAGUGAGCUGGAAUAUGUAUGGUGGCGUUUGGAUGGGGGUAUGGAAACUUUUUUGUGCACUAAAUCA